GUGUUGCUUUGACUUGAAUGAUAAAUUCCCUCGUUCACGUCUGGAAGCUUUUUGUCUCUGAGAAUAAAGAAAAUGGUGGACAGAGACAGCUCAGUUCGUGGUGGUUCAUUUGGCGACUCGGAACCUUGGCGCCGCUAUAUCUCUCAAUUGUGGUGUAUUGUAGUGUUUGAAGGCUGUAACGAAGUCGUCCCCACGUUGAGCUGCACCAUUCUUUGCCGUGAUUUCCGGAAGAAUGAGAUCUCUGCGAUGUUUUGUUUCGGCCUUUGGGAUGAUUUUUCUGAUUGGAAGACACAGUGUUAUGAUAUUGGAAAUUCAGUUGUGUUGCAGCAUUUCAAUGGUAGCUUUCUGAUCUUGAACUGGAUCAUCUAUUUCUGAAUGAAGGCAACUUUAUUUGGUGAAUAUGGCUUCAGUUUCACCCUCAACAAACUCAUCAUCUUCUUCUGGAUCUAAUCCUGAUCAGAUAAUAGAUACACCACCUCCUCCUGCAUCUACUUCCUCUGCUCCACCUCCUCAAUCCUCAUUGCCAACGCUUCCUCUGCCUCCCCUCCUCAAUACUCCUCCAUCUCCACCACAAUCUCCUGCCCCAGAAACGUCGGUGUCGCCACCUCCACCACCUCCUACACUGCCUUCCUCUCCCCCGCCCGUGUCUCCUACUUCUCCUCCGGUGUUGCCACCGCCACCCAGCCCUACUGCUCCACCCCCCUCUUCCAAUUCAACUUCCCCACCAAUUGUCUCACCUCCUUCACCCCCUACUUCAUCACCUCCCUUACCACCUGCCUCUCCUCCGGCACCAAUUUUGUCACCUCCUCCACCAUCAGGGGCUUCUCCUCCCCGAGAAUCCCCUGUCACUCCUGUGACACCACCUACUUCUCCUCCAACUGUUUCUCCAUCUCCUCCCCCACCGGUAACAGAGCCAUCACCACCUCCUGCUCCUCUUCUUUCACCUCCGCUUCCACCAGUUGCUCAUCCUCCAAAGCAUUCUCAUUCCCCACCCCCAACUAUAGCACCAGCAUCUCCAAAUGGUUCCGUGCCUGUUCCUCCUACUACCAGUCCUCCUUUGACACCUCCCCCUGAUCACUCAUCUCCACCCUUGAAUAAUACACCUGACAGUGGUAGCUCACCCGCAUCACCAUCUCCAGCCUUCUCUGGGGAAAAACCCAUUGCAAGGCCAACUCCUAAUCCAAUUUCAGCAGCAGGUUCAACAUCAAGAAGUUCUGGAGGUGUAGCAGCAUUAGGCAGUAUUGCUGGCCUUUUGGCACUCAGUCUGGUGGUUCUUGUUGUUUGGUAUUUCCGUAGAAGAAAGAAAAGGAAGGAUGGGUUUAGUCUCAAGUAUGGCAUGCACUCUCCAUUUGCAUCUUCUCAAAAUUCAGAUUCAGUAUUUCUCAGGUCCCAUCACUCGGUGCAAUUAGAUGGAAGUGCUUCAACAAACAAUUACAUGUACUCACCAGACAGUGGCAUGGGCACUUCAAGGUCAUGGUUCGGAUAUCAAGAACUAUACGGUGCUACAAAUGGGUUUUCGGCUAAUAAUCUUUUGGGUGAAGGUGGAUUUGGGUGUGUAUAUAAAGGAAUUUUGGCAGAUGAAAGAAUAGUAGCUGUCAAACAGUUAAAGGCUGGUGGUGGGCAAGGAGAGCGUGAAUUCAGAGCAGAAGUUGAGAUCAUCAGCCGUAUACACCAUAGGCAUUUAGUGUCACUUGUUGGUUACUGCAUCUCUGAAAAUCAGAGGUUGCUUGUUUAUGAUUAUGUUCCAAAUAAUACACUGCAUUAUCAUCUUCAUGAUGAAGGCAAACCUGCUAUGGACUGGCCUAGCCGAGUUAAAGUUGCAGCUGGUGCUGCACGUGGACUUGCUUAUCUUCAUGAAGACUGUCAACCUCGCAUUAUUCACAGAGAUAUCAAGUCAACAAAUAUUCUCCUUGACAACAAUUUUGAAGCUCGGGUGGCUGAUUUUGGGCUUGCAAAGCUAGCGUUAGAAUUGGAUUUACACACUCAUGUGUCGACUCGUGUGAUGGGAACCUUUGGAUACUUGGCUCCCGAGUAUGCAUCCACUGGUAAACUGACUGAGAAAUCUGAUGUUUUUUCAUUUGGUGUCGUGCUCUUGGAGCUAAUCACGGGUCGUAAACCUGUUGACUCCUCUCAACCACUUGGCGACGAAAGCUUGGUUGAAUGGGCUCGUCCUUUACUAACACAAGCACUCGAUAAAGAAGACUUUGGAGAUCUAGUUGAUCCCAGGCUAGAAAAUGACUUCUCUGCGAGUGAAAUGUUCAGGAUGAUCGAAGCUGCUGCAGCUUGCGUGCGACAUUUAUCUUCGAAAAGACCACGAAUGAGCCAGGUUGUGAGAGCCUUAGAUUCGAUGGAUGAACUGGCUAACUUGAACAACGGGAUCAAGCCGGGGGAGAGCGGAGUUUUCAGCUCCAGGGAACAAUCUGCUCAAAUUAGAAUGUUCCAAAGAAUGGCAUUUGGUAGCGAAGACUAUGGCUCCGAUUACUUCAAUAAUAAUUCUCAAACCAGCUGGAAGAGGUGAGCCAUUCUUGUCCAAAUGGAAAAACGCCUUUCAUGUUACCUCUGCAGGUUUUUCUAGACUUGUGAUUUGUGUUCAUUUCUUGGAUGUAAAUUUUGUUAUUUAUUAUUGGCAAUGAACAAAGUUAGUUAAGUUC